AUGAUCCUACCCGGUCGCACCGUGCUUACGCACAUCAUUCGCAAUGUGCAAGCUCCGAGGUUGCAACCUCAACCCUGUGGAGUGGACCUCACCCUGAAGCGGGUCUUGAAGUGGACCUCGCCCGGCGUCAUCGAUCUCGACAACAGAUUCCGACAGACCGCUUCAACCGAGGAGAUUCCCUUUGGCUCGGAGUUUCUGGAUCUCGCACAUGGGUCGUACCUCGUGGAGUUUAACGAGACCGUUUCUGUUCCCUUGGAUGUUAUGGGCCAGGUCUUUGUGCGCAGUUCGUUGUUCAGAUCUGGUGUGUUGAUUCAUGCCGGUGUCAUGGAUAGUGGAUAUGAAGGCGCUGUUGGGGCUCUACUUCAGGUUGUGAACCCUGCUGGGUUGCGGGUGUACCCGUCGGCUCGACUGGCGCAAUUCGUGUUUCAUCAGAUGAGUGAGAAGGUCGAGGGCUAUAGUGGAGCAUAUCAAGGAGCAAAAAGCAUGGGAGGGAAAGUAGGGGUGUGA